AUGGACAAGGCAAGCUGGCCGCCCUGCGACACCAACUUCGAUAACGCCGGCCCUGCCCUCGCAGGUUUUAACAGGCCAACCCGCUACGAGGGAAAGGUCAGCAAUCUCGAAGUGUACGGAACAGUCCCUCCGUCGAUUUCGGGCACGUUCUAUCGUAUCAUGCCUGAGCCUUAUCACGUCCCCUUUGCCAAAAACGAUAUUUGGCUCAAUGGUGACGGUGCAAUCUCCUCUUUUCGCAUCAAAAACGGCAAUGUCGAUUUUAAGCAGCGGUUCGUUAAGACCGAAAAGUUUCGAGUUGAGACCAACGAGAAUCGUGCGCUCAUCGGCAAGUACCGCAAUCCUUUCACUGACCUGGUCAAGUUCGCCGACCGCACGACGGCCAACACGACGGCGUUCCCCUUCAAAGGCGUCAUCCUUGCGUUAAAAGAAGACAGUCAGCCUUAUGCCGUUGAUCCUCGCACCCUCGAAACAAUUGGCAAAUGGGACUUUGACGGGCAGUUGGAAAGCGAGACUUUUACUGCGCAUCCGAAGUAUGACGUCAAGACGAGAGAGGUCCUGUCUUUCGGCUACGAGGGGAAGGGAAUUGGAACCAGGGACGUGUUUUACAUGUCGAUUGAUGAACACGGCAAAUUUAACGAAAAGGUGUGGUUUCAGGCGCCAUUCUGCGGAUUCCAGCACGAGAUGGCUUUUACUGAUAACUGGGUCAUCUUUCCGCUUGUUCCCAUGGAAUGCUUCAUGGACAAGCUCAAACAGGGGGGCAACCACUGGACUUGGACCGAUCGACCGCACUAUAUAGGGCUCCUCCCACGAAGAGGAGCCAAGUCCUCGGAUAUCAAGUGGUUCAAAGGGCCGAACCUGUUCACCGGCCACGUCGCCAACGCGUGGGAGGAGAACGGGCAAGUCCACCUUCACGUGUCUAUGGUCAGGGGCAACGGGUUCGGAUUCUUCCCAGACCAGAACGGCGAGGCUCCCGCCUUUGAUCUGGAAGUCCUUGCGCCUCAUGUCUGCGAAUUCGUUCUGGAUCCUCACUCCACGAAGCUGGUGUAUCAAUCACCCACGGAAGUCGUGACAUCCGGGCCAAACGAAUUCCCGCGCAUCGACGAUCGCGUUUUUGGCAAGAAGCACCGCUUCAUAUACGGAAACAUGAUUGACAUGAGCCCUGGAGUGACGGACUGGGAGUACUCUGCACCCCUGGCUGGCGAUGGCAUUGGCCACAUGAACGUUCUCUACAAAUACGAUCUUGUAACCGGUGUUACGCAGAAAUACAUCAGAGGGCCUCGCCACUUCUUCCAGGAGCCUCAGUUCGUCCCCCGACAUCCGGGGGCCGCGGAGGGUGACGGUUUCCUGAUUGCGUUGGUCAACAACUUUGACGAGAUGACCAGCGAGCUUGUCAUUAUUGACUGCGACGACUUUGAGAAGCAUGCUGCUAUUGCAAAGCUUCCCGUCAGGUUGAGGCCUGGGUUUCAUGGCAACUGGGUUGAUGACACGGAUAUUGACGGUCGGCCAGCCACAGUAGCUGAGUUUGCUAUUCCUCAUCGCAGGGAUGGAAACAAUGAGACGAAUGAGACGAAUGGACGAUGA